AGUGGUUGUCAAGACGUUGGCAGAAAUGACGAUGAGCGUGCUGAAAAGUGCAAUUUUCGGUGAAAAUAGUUACAUUUAUUGAAAUAUUUAUGCUUUCUAUCGUGCACAAUGAAAUGGCGAAACCACAGAUCACGGUGGAUGUGAAGUAUGCAUGGCAAACGUGUUCCUUCUGUCCUAUGAAUGCUUUCAAGUCAUCUUCAGAGUUCGUCAAGCACUUAAGGGAUCAGCACUGCACUAGGGAAGGUGGAUCCUUCGUUUGCCGGUACGGGAGCAAUGGCGUGUGCGCUUCUCUGCCCCUGGACGGCGUGAGCGACCGAGACUACGAGAGCCACGUGAACAGAUACCAUGUCCAAGGUGACGCCAAGGGUCCGGAACAGUGGUCAGUCUUCUCGGCGGCCCAAAAUCUGCCGGCUGUGCUCAAUGAUCCCAACCGCAGCAAGCAGAUUGAAAUCUUCGUGGACCUGCACUCUAGCGCUUCACUUGAGCCUUCACACCACCUUCCGGACAUCACAUGGAACCACUUUCAGGUCCACUUGGCGAAGAUUGGAAAGCGAUACAAGCGCCAUGUGCGGUUCGAGAAGCAGCUGACCUCAUCCCAAACUAGUCACUCUGGCCAGAAUGGCAAUGAGGUCAGCGAUUACGACCUCCAGGACAUUCCGCAGAUCUUCAUGAAGCCGCAUCUGGAGCUGAGCAAUCCCGCCACGUUCGCGUCGGUAUUUCCAGGUGUGGGUGACAGUCCGGACUCACCCCAAUCCUGUCGGCUGCUCCAGGAGAAGCUGACCCACUACUUGGACAUUGUGGAAGUGCAAAUUGCGCGUCAAGUUGGCCAGAAGUCGUCUGCCUUUUUCCACGCAAUGACGUCCCAGGACGUGAUCAUCGCCCAAAUGAGACAAGCCAUCACCAACGUUAGACAAUUGAGGAGUAAAUUAACCCACAUCGAUGAGACUCAAGUGCGGGAGGCUCUUCUGGUCGCGAAAUUGGCUCGGUCGCGGACACAUUACUUGAUGGUUCUGGAGAAGCUGCGUCUGAUGGCAACAGUGCAUCAGACGCAGCCCAUGAUUCAACUGCUCCUGGGCACGCAGGACUAUGUGGCGGCGCUGGAUCUCAUCGGGACGACACAGGAGAUUGUGGCGCAGGAAUUAGUGGGUGUUCACUGCUUUCGGCAUCUGCCGUCGCAGCUGACGGAGAUGGAGAGACUAGUGGACAAGAUGCUGACGACGGACUUUGAGAAGUAUUCGACAGCAGAUCUCAAUCGACCGCUCACAAUGGACGAGAAGGUGCUGGACGAGGACAAGCUGGUGUGCAUAAUCUCAGGGUUGCUGCGAAAGAAAAACUUCUCGUUUGUGGACACGUACAAGGAAGAGGCGAUUGUGGCCAUCAAGGCGAUCGUGAAGCAACUCAUGAUCGAGGUGAUUGCCACUGGAGAUCAGGAGGUCUGUCUCACAGGUGCUGGUGAGGAGGCACAGAGUCUCUCUCUGACUGACUGGAUUCUGCUCUUGGAGACGGCCACGGGCACGCUGGUGAGACUACUGAAACGCGUGAAGGCGGUGCAUGAUGUGAUGCUUCAGACGGCGGAUGCGAGCGCGGGAAAAGUGGAUGUGACUGCCUUGAUGGACUCUGAGGCCUUUCUCUCGCCAGCUGAUCAUCGGGCGGUGCAGCAGCGAUUGCAGGACUUGCUAAAGACUAUUUCUAACUACUGCCACGAGCGCUGUGCCACUCUCGUGUCGAAUGAGAGUCUGGAGAAGAGUUCCGUCACGGCUGAGGACAUCUCCAGACUUAGUGGAAUUGUGGCGGAUUUCAGUGGCGGAUGUGAGGCAAUCUGUGGCGGGCAGAGUGUGGCUUUGAGGGCAGCCGUGACUAAUCAAGGCACGAGAUUUGCUAAUAAGUUUCAUGCCGAGAGGAAAUCUAAGUUGGCUCUGCUGCUGGACAGCGAGCGUUGGAAGCAGGCAGAAGUGCCGGCAGAGUUUCAAUGGAUGGUGGAACACAUCGGCCGAGGGGAGUUUGAGUGGACUCGUGAAGAGGGAAUGUCUUCUCCGCCAUCGGCUGUGCUUCUUGUUGAUGGUGAGCCGUUCGCCCUCGUUGGGGCGGCACUGCUGCUCGUGCAAAUCGUUAGCGAAUACUGUCGAUGUGCUCAGCAAUUGCCUCUGAUUGCUGCCCAGCUGUCGCGGAGUGUAGUGGACUUGCUCAGAAUCUUUAAUUCGCGCUGUUGUCAGCUAGUCUUGGGCGCUGGUGCUCUGCAUGUGGCUGGAUUAAAGACUAUCACCAGUGCGAACCUUGCACUUGUGUCCAGAGCUCUGCAGCUAGUUCUCUGGCUACUGCCACAUGUCAAAGCACACUUCCAGCGUCUGGAAGCGAACGGUGCCAUUGUGGCGGGCUAUGACACGGUGGAGAAAGACUUUGUGAGCCAUAUUAAGGAAGUGGAGAACAAGGUGAUGUCUAUUGUGUGCACAAUGGUGGACAGUCAGAUGAGUAACUGGGAUGCCAGGCCUCCAGUUCCUUCUCAGGCAUUUCGCAAUCUCUCGCGGCACUUUGUGAAGCUUCACGAGGCAAUUGCGCCCAUCCUUCCGGACGUUCAAGUUCACAGUGUGUACAGAAUUGUGCACAAGAACUUCAAAGACAAGCUGCGAGAACAGAUCGCGAAGCACAAUAUUGUGAACAACGGUGGACCACAACACGGAAGCGUGACAUCGGAACUGACUUUCUACAUGCAGACGCUGAGGAGUCUCAAGGCGCUGCCACCGGAGGAACUCCUGGAUGAAACUCUGAACGAUAUCUGGAUCAAGUGAUCAAUCUCCAUA